AUGUUCGAAAUGACAUCUAGUUUAAAUCAUAAAAUUAUAUAGGGAUGUAGCCUAUGCAAUACUUCAUUUAGUUCUGUUUUGCUCACUUGGUUAGACGUGUAGCCUUUAAAAACAAAACGACACAUAUAAUGUUGUUUAAAUCUUAUUUACAUCCUUGAAUAUUUUUAUUUAUUUGAAGAAAUAUAUGAUGAGGACUUGUUUUCUUUACCAUUUAAAUAUAUAAUAGCAAUGAUUUACAAAUGAGUCAGCACUGGAACCAUUAUAGAUUCGUGGCUAAUGCUAAAUAUGGGUUGCAGAUUAAUAUUGACUGUGCUUGCAGUGUUCAAAGUAAAGAAUUGAAUCAGAGAAGGACAAAUGUUGUCUAGGGCAUUAAUUUUAGAUAUACCGAAUAUCUGGUCACAGUUAGUUGCACUAUUGCCGUUUCGUCAUAUUAAACAUAAAGAUCAAGUCCAUUUUAUAUAAAGAUUGUUAGAAACCAUAAAGCUUUCACAUAUAUGUUUGUUAGAUCUUUGGAUUUACACGGUAGCAAGUUACAAGCAACUGGAGACAAUGUAUUUCGCAAAACUACAUUACAGUUCUACCUUGGAACUGGAGAAUGCGUGCUUUCGAAAAUCAUUGGUACACAGGUAAUGGGUUAGUUUAAAGAAAUAUCAGAAAUUACAGAGAUAAACGAAAAUAAUGCUGGUUGCGAGCAGGUCGAAUGGCAUAACCCGUAUACCGAGAGUUUGCAAAAAGACGAACCAUUUCAUAUGCGGUACGAAAAUAAAUGCAUUAUUCAGUAGGUAAAGAAGCCAUCUUUACUCGGAGUCCAUCUAACCUUCUUCUUCCCCCACCCCACCCGAUCGCAUUCCUCUUAAAACACAUAAUAUUCAUUUACAAUACAGAUCUCAACAUACACUCACUUUAUGUAUGUAUGGACAAAUAGGAAUAAAGCUGCUGAUAGAGUAAGUGAUAAACGUAUAGAGAGGUCGCAUGUUUUGGUGAACGAGGAGAACGGCAUGCUUUAGUGCAACACAUAGAAAUAAAGAAAAUAAGGAAAUCCAUCAUGCAUAAAGUGACCUUUAUACCCCCCUAAAAAAUGAUCGGAAACUUAUUUCAAACGAAUAAUUUCGUUUUGCAAUGUUGACACUUGUUACUAGAAUAGUUUGUAAGAAAUUAAAAAAAUAUUCCUAAACGGCAAUAGAAUCGAUUGGGAACACUCGGCCGGUGAAUUUGAGGGGGAAAAGGUCUACGUGUCACAAUUUUAAAACUGAAUGUUAUAGAUUAAAAGCGAUUUUUGCCUAAAAUAGGUUUCUUUAAGAAGGAUGACAUUCUCAAAUAAAAUGUUGAGGAUGAAAUUUGGAACACUUAGCAUAGGGAUGGGAGCACAAAUAAGAGGAUUUGAAAUCAAAUGCAGAUGUAUUAGUGAAACAAUACAGCGCUUUGUGCAACUUUUUUGAAAGUUUAAAUUAAUUUCAAAUUCCUAAAAGCAAAUUAUCCGAUCACGGAUGUUGUUAAAUAUUAGUCGGUAUGGUCCCGAUUUGUAUUUUUCUCUGAUCAUCAAACAGAUAUUUACAGAUCUAUUGAUUUUUUCACUCGAAGUUAUAUUUACAAAUGUUUAAAGACGGUUAUCGAAUAGUCUCUAUAGACUAUAUAGGCAGUGUAGAACCCAUGCAUUUUGGCUACUUUCUCCCCUCCACAAAGGUAAUGACCUGGGCAAAACACCCUGGUAUUUGAAUGAGCACUAUAGGCCUUUUAGAAAUAGCUAAGUCCAAGGCCGAGGUGAAAUUCAGGUCACCGCGUCUAACAAAUAUGAAAAUGUCGCCUCACGAAUGGCACGCCUUGUUACUUAACAAAGACUGUCAAUGUAUAAGAUUAAUAAGAAACAAAAUGCACACGGUGUCACUUUUCGGUCACUUCCAAACUUAGCUUCGCGUAUCCCUUACGAAAUCCCAUUUCAUUGAAUAAAACCUUUUGUUUUGUUUCCCGGGUCGAAGUCCAAUAAAUGCACAGUUGUGCAGCUCUGUGGGAUGCGGUGCAAGCUUGCUCGAAGAUGUAUCUUCGAAAUGUACAAUUUUAUUUGUUUUAUUUUGUUUUUGACUCGGACUCCGGCUGUUUUGACCAUAUGCCCCAGAUAGAGAUGGGAAACAAGUACAUUUUGGCAUGGUACAAUCUAUUUGAUAAACCCCGAGCAGUGCAGAUGGAUUCGGACGGUCAAUGAAGAAAAAAUUACACCCUUAAUCAACUAAACUACCGAUUUGCUGUUCGGAAGAGUUAAGGCUGGGAAACGAGAUUUUGAAUGAUAAUAUGGAUUUUUUCACUGGACUCCAUGCAUUCAUCAUUGGUGUAUUUCCUUAUCCGGGACCCACAGCCACUCUUCCCAUUGGCUGCCGACAUCACAUGAACAGCUAACUUUAUACACUUGACAGCAAGUAGGAGGGUUUUAUGGAACAGAAAAACGACAACGCGAGAAAAAUUAGUAUUUUGCACUUCAGAAAUUAAUGACCAUGAGUUCGUUUUUGAUAAACUCCAACUACGUUGAGCCAAAAUUUCCACCUUGUGAGGAAUAUUCUCAAAAUAACUACAUACCAAGCCAAUCUCCUGAAUACUACGAGCGGCCGCGGGACACUGGAUUCCAUCAUGAGGCACUAUACCCACAAUCAAACUACCCAGAGCCGACCUACAGCUUCAACAAUGUCCAAGGCACUGGCAACCAAGACAUGUCGCAAAGAGGUCAUAUCCAGUCGCAGGCUAGCGUCCAAAAUCACAUACCGAGACAGAAUCAGCUUUGUGAAGUGGUCCCAGUAGCCACACCAGCUUUGUGUAGCCAAAACGCGAAAAAUGCCACUGUACAGAAGGGUACUCUCAGCAAAGAGCCCAUAGUUUAUCCGUGGAUGAAGAAAAUUCACGUUACCAACGUGAACCCCAAUUACACUGGAGGAGAGCCCAAACGGUGUCGAACUGCUUACACGAGACAACAAGUAUUAGAGCUGGAGAAGGAGUUCCAUUUUAACCGUUACCUAACCAGGCGUCGACGCAUUGAGAUUGCACACACUCUUUGCCUGUCUGAACGCCAGGUGAAGAUCUGGUUUCAGAACAGAAGAAUGAAAUGGAAGAAAGAUCACAAACUGCCUAACACUAAGAUGCGUUCUGCUAGCUCAUCAUCUUCUGCAAGCCAGCAAACACAAGUAUCCUCCCAGGGCCCACAGCCAGAUGGUUCAGCACCAAAUUCAUCAAGCCUAUAGCUGCUUCGCGUCUCCAACCCCUCUCCCACAACAUAGUUUGGACCAAAAUGUGUUUGCCACAUAAUUGACUUGAAUGGGGAAGGAUUUCUUGCAAGGAAAAUAUUCUUCCAUGAGAUAUGCUACUAACCUCAUGAGGUCAAGCAUUUAUAUUGUGUUAACCCAUUCUCAGCAGUCUUUUAAAAUGUUUUCUGUUUGAUUGGGUACAUUCAGUAUCCUUCAUUACCCCCACAUGCGAAGUUCUGUCAAAAUGGCUUCUACCAUGAUAUUCAAUGCAAAAAAGAGCAAAGGACCGUGAAUAAUAGAUAUUGUGAAGAACUGUAAGCGUCAUCAUUUCAACUAGUGUAGUCUGUUGAAAUAUUUGUGAGAAUAUAAGGAUAAACAUGUUUGUAGAAAAUGAGAAAGGCAGCAAUAUUUGUGGAUGUGGAAAUGUUUUUUUAGAGCAAAUAAACUGUUCAGAUGCUACAUAUAUAGGAAAUAAAUUAUGUCGCCAGCGUUAUUUAAGGUGUUUUCUUUAUUUUAAAUCUGUAUCCUCUAUAUAGUUGUGGUACUGAUAUCAGUGUACGAAUGUGAAAAGAGCUUAUUCAGAGAUUUCAGACGAGUUGUUGUAUAUUUAACAGUUUUGGUACAGUCCAAAUGUGACGAAACUGUACAAAUCAUUGGUAAGAUUUAUGUAUUUUCUGUGGAUAUUUCAGUGUGCUAUGUGCAGUGCCAAAAUGUUGCUAAAAUUGAAGACACCAUUUACUGUGUAAAAACAAAGCCCAAGGCUUUAAAUAAAAUGUUAAUUCGUGGACCAUCUCAGUUCUUACGUGUGCAAUUUACUUGCAGUCAGGAUGGAAUAAACACACCAAAACUAACAUUUCCUUCUACACCAAAACAUGACCAUACAUUUCAUUGAUUUAAAAAAAAAUGGUCACAUUCCUACCCUAGCAAUGCGGAUUUAAAAAAAAAGGAAAAACAGGGUGUGAUUCCGAAGAAUAACUCAGCGAAAGGGGAUAAAUUAUAGUCCAGAUCUAUAAUUCAUCUUUCUACAGCCUCUGCACAUCAAGUUCUACGUCACUAGGUCGUAAAUAAUGCAGUAAAAUGUGAAGCGAUCAAAUAAUAAGUCAUCUGGCGAAUGUCCUUUUAUAACCCUAAUUGUUGUAUUUCUGAUCCUGAAUGAGACUGUAAUCACGUGAAAUUAGUUUUAGAUGGACUUUGCAUUCAUGGGCCUGAGACAUGUUACGUUUAAAAUGCGAUAUCAAUGCUUACAGCAACACUCAUUCUCUGGGGCCGGGAAACUUAAAUUGCCAGGGUAAAUACGCGAAUAUUUGCUGUGACACAAUUUUGUUCAUCUUGUUGAAAGGGGCUAAAUAAUUAAGCAACAAUUAUGUAAAUAUAAAGUCCUAGUUGACGAUUUCUAACGUUAUGAUAAUCUAAUCUGUUCCAUUAUAUUAUCUGCUUGAAAGAAACCCACAGAUAUCAUGGCUCCUGAAAAGCAGGCUAACCGCAGUAUUUUUGUGAAACAAAUGAUGCAUUCUUCAACAUCCUGAUGUCGAUUUUGAUACAUGGCUUUGCGUAGCAAUUGUUUAAAAUUCACACUGGAAAGAUUCAUUCCUUGCUUUUAUUUUUCUCUGCAAAUUCUGCAGAUAAUAAGAACUAAUGAUCUCAAUAUACUCUAUGCACCCCAUGAGUGGUGAGGGAAAUGUAAUUAAGCAUGAUGCAGUCAUUUCUUCCCAAAAUUAUUUUGUCUAGAAACUGAAAUACUCUGUAGUUAUGGAAAUAUUUCCUACAAGUAAUCAGAACCUUUGCGAGGAAAAAAAAUAAACUCGACUCGACACUUCACUUUCUUUUUAAACCUGUACAUAUAACCGUAAUCUGUGAAGAUACUUUGCUUUUAAGGAAUUACAAAUAAACAACGUUUACAUUAAACAUAAACUUUAUAAAAUAUGGCUUGUAUGAGGUUUACGACCACGGCAAACGAAUAUAAAAAGGCACAGAAAAGGCGAUGAGAAACUUCAGUCUUUAGACAACUGUGCUUGCUUAUCUGUAAAAAGGAAUUUUAAACAGAUUGAAAAUAACAGAUUUUACCCAGAAUCAUUAAUCACUUCAUUCAAUAAAUACUUCUUUGUAUACUUCAACAGCAAGUCUGAAGGGUGAUCUUUUAGAAGAGUGUAUGAACACAUUGGAUCUCUUGAAUAAAAUGUGGCCAUCUCGGCACACACCAUGAAUCCCCCCCCCCCCCCCCCCCCCCCCCCCCCAGUUGUGCUUUAGCUGGGCAACGUUUAUUACAAGAGGAUAUUAUAAAACGCAUGUUUUCAAAGGCGAGCAAUAAUUUUCAACGUAAAAAUAGUUUUGGAUAGCGUAAGUUGAUAAUACCCUGUCCUUUACAUGACCAAACUUUUGUUGCAACGAGCACACGAAACCCCGUUUGCAUCUUUUUCUUUUGAUGUUUUUGCUUUAUUGUACAAGGAACGGUCUUUUGUAAUAAAACGUUGCAUUGUUUGUCAACGGCUGGGCAACCAGAGUGAGUUCACCCAGAGGACAACUUUUCUGACCGAUUAGCCGUUUUUAGCGUUGCAGACUGACCCCCUCAAACCCUUGACCUUUAAGAGAUGGACAAUGCUCUUUCCACUAUUUCCUAUGCCUAUAGGUAGGAGCCAAAAUAAUACAGCUCGUUAUCCAAGUUAAAAUGUCAAAAAUGUAACCAAUAUGUAUUAAAACUACAUUUAGUUGUGCAGCGAUAUUGAAUAUUACACACAGCCGGCCGUACUCCUGCACAUUCUCUCACGGACACAUAUGCACUCACAUACAUACACACGCACAUCGAUAAACUGCAUAUGUCUUAACUUUUUUAAAUGUGCAGCGUGUGCUUGGGUAAAGAAAAAUCGUCCAUGAUUUAUGUACAAGCUCGGAAGAUUGCACGUGAUGAGAAACUAUGCUUGUUUUGAAUGGUUUUAGUGUGGAACAUUUUUGUAGUUAAUGACUUAAGAGGGUGGAUUCCAUCCUUCACGAGUAAUGAGAGAUAAUUCACCCACGGGGCACUACAUUGUUCUGAUUAUUGAAGAGAAUAACUGAAACAUGUUUUUCUGCUAACUUUCUUACUUUCUUGAUUCCAUAUUUGCACACAUUUUGCAGCUGACAUUUUAGAGAGUUGUUGGUAAUUGAUUAAAAUUAUUCCAAAACAUUUCUUCAUUCGAAAUAUGUGGAAGUGCAUAAUCGCCAAAUGCACAACAUUUGACACAAUAAUAUGAUUUGAGUAAAGCUUAACUGAUAUAGGAAGCAGAAUUGCCACAAAUCGUUAAUUUUAUUGGGAUCAUCGACUAUUUUUAACAGCAUAAUGUUCCCUGUCACACUUAAAAUAACUAGUCUUAUGCACUAUGAUAAUGCUAGGCGUUUGUAGACCUACAGACACAAUAUACAACCUAAUACACAUUUGGGUGGUAUAAUAAAAUAUCGACUGCGGCUAGUGAGGGUCGAUUCGGUGUCAAAUUUAACAGCCUUAUGGGGGGUGCAAAGUCACAUAUGAAAGAGUUAGCCUUCCGUGUGACGGUUAUGUAUGCGGGGUACUGUAACACUGAGCUUCAAUAUCAAACUGUCAGGUGGACAAUAAAGACAGUUUGAAGAAAUGCCCAAGAAUGUUGGACCGAGGCAGCUCAAAAUGUAGGUGACAUCAAUGGCGGACCUGUCAAAUCUGGGAUCAGCACAGGCCAGUCAUUUUUGCAUUAUCACUUACCAGCGAGUAUCCAAAGACUAAAAGUAAACCCGAACAAUAAAGAUUCAAGUAAGAAGGACGCAAAGAGAAAAAAACACCACACUCCAAGAUAAAGGGUCACGCGUCUCCUCCGUGUAUGUAUUGAAAUUUUAAUCUCUCUUGUCACGUGACUCAUUAAAUAAUUAAUGCAGCCGGUCCGGAAUAGAUAUGUAGUCGUCAGUAUUCGCACUAGAUCUGUUUCAGUCUGAUGUGAAAAUGAACUUUCCUUAAAAAAUAAGUCUAUAAUUGGAAGAUCUGUCUGAGAAAGUGAAGUGGCACAGAUCAGCUCAGAAUUGUGACUUUGUCCUAAAUAACAUUUCCACAAGCAAAUCCGAGACUGUACAAACUUUCGGUGAGUUUUCAUAACUUUUGCAAUAUGUAAAAUUAUAUAUGGUCGUUAAGAAUUUGAAAUGUUCUCACUGCAAGGUGUCAUUUUUAUUAGUUCCUGUCCAAGCGGUUGGUAAAUACUGAGCUAAUUAAAGAACCGCAAUAGGCAGUUACAAUUUAAAUCACGUGUGCUUUAGAUUAUCUGAAAAUAAACCCCAGAAACAUAUCAGUUAUAGAGGAAGUUAGAUUCAACCUAUACUAUAGGUCGUAAAAUGGAUGCUACAUCAUAAUAGUUAGCAUCAUCCAAGCGUUAGAACAGCGACAAAAAUGUAAUAUUUUCGUUUAUAUCUUAGAAUUUCAAGCAAGGUACAUUCAAAUGGAAGUUGUGAUGAUAUAUGCUCUUUUGUUGUAAAAAAACAUCCAUUGCUUAUAUCAAUUCAAAUCAACGUUACAUCCAUUCUCCUCUCUCCGUUUACGUUCCCUUUUAAAAAUCGUAGCAAUUGACUGAAAUCGUUAAUGAAAGAGAUGAAACAUUUCUUAUCCAAUAUUUUAGUUCUCUACAUCCAACGACAAUGUUUCACAAGGCACACUGACAUAAGCGGGGCCUUCAAUUUCUAUCCAGUUGAUCCUGAAUUGAAAUUCGUGGAGCCAGACUCAGUGAUAGAAAGUUUAAGAAAAUAUCCAGCAUCCGUUGGCGUUACCAUUUCCCACCUUCGUAGAUCUCACGAGAAAAGAAAAGUUGGAGUCAGCACAUUAAGAUAAGUGGAAAGGCUGAUCAUUGACAAUAAAGUACUUCACUACAGAAAAACAUCGAGCGGCUUACUUGUAAAGUUGCAAACGAGUGAAUUUUUGGCCCUAUCUUCCCUCCUACGCUGCUUGGCUUCCCCUUUCAUGUAGUUGCUUCGCAAUAAGCGAUAGGGGCAAGUGUUUUCUCUUUAGUGCUCUGUUUACAGCCUUAGUGCAUGAAGUCAUAAAUCUUACGUAGCCAUAAACGACAGAAGCAUUGGUAUGCAU